ACCUCAAAGCUGCAUCCCGUACGACGGCUACUCCAUCCCAGAUCGACCACCUAAUGAACCAGAAGAUUGGAGAAGUAGUGGGCGCGUUCAAGAAGAACGCGCUCGACUUGGCCAUGUUUUACUACGAAGGGCCCGACGCCGAAGGACACAGAAAUGGGCCUGACAGCGAAGGCACCUACGAUGCAGUCAAGAAAGUCGAUCGGUACUUGUGGAACCUGCAAAUGGGUCUGCAAAGAGAGGACCUAUUAGAAGAAGUAAAUAUCGUCGUAGUGUCCGACCAUGGAAUGACACACACAAGUCCGGAGUCCACGCGCCACAUAGAGAUGGACGCCUUAGUGAACGAAAGGGAUGUUCACAUAAUGCUCGACAAAGGACCCUUUGCCAUGUUACACCCUAAGCUCGGUAGAGAACGUGAGGUGCUCAAGAGCCUACUUAUAAAAAAACCUAAAGGGCUCUAUGUUUUCACAAAGGAAACUCUUCCAGACGAAUGGCACUUCAAGAAUAAUGAGCUGGUGGCUCCGAUAGUGCUGCUUGCCCAGGAAGGACAUUACAUCAUGCCAUUCAAAAACCCGAAGAAGACUCUACCUGGAAAUCAUGGUCCGCCACCUGGUGUACACGGCUAUGACCCGAUGAUGCCCGAUAUGUGGGGAAUAUUCUUCGCUCAAGGACCAGCCGUUCACGGGGCUAAUGGAGGACCCAGCUUGGUUCGAAUGGUGGAUAUCUACAACUUAAUGUGCUACAUGUUGGGAAUGGAUCCAGCUCCAAACAGGGGGUCAUGGAAUUUACUGAAGAGAUUCGUAAACCCGAGAUAUGACCCCGCUAUGUACAACCGUCCUUAACUAAACGUUGCAGAGAUUUUAGACACAUAUUCGUAGAACUGUGUUUUACCCAAUAUUGCAGGGUAACACGAAGGAUCCGGCAUGCUGUAGUGCUUGCGUACAAGCGUGUUAAAACCAUAUUACGGCUUUGCGGUGCACCUGCUGAAACAACUUAGCAUCAAAACCUCUCAUGAGUGUUUAUAUUGAAGAGCAAGGCACUGCGUCAUGGAAGUAACAAUUUCCACUAUGGUGGUAGCUUCUGUACGACACGGCAAAGACAUGAACGGCUUCAUGGCAGUCAUUUAGGCAAAUAAAGAGCCGAACCACAU